AUGGAUUCAGAAUUUGAUGAAAUAAUGAAAAUAUUCAGAAAAAUUUACCUUAAGAAGAGGUUUAGGCUAUGGUUAAUUAAUACCUAGAGAAAUAGUAAAUUAAAUAUAUUAGGAAUGUUGAAUCUGAAGAAUAUAAAGUAAAGAAUUAAUACAUUAUUUACAGAAAGCGUUUCAAAUUGCUAAAAAGGUUUGUAUAAUUUUACAAUAAAAUCUUAAGUAACUCUGUUUAAAGAUCUAGAAUUAACUACCAAAUAUUAAGGAUAUUAAAGAUAUGAUUAUUACAAUCUUAGAUGAUUAUAGAUAAUUUACAGAUGCAGAAAUAAUUUAGAUGUUUGAUGUCAAAGUAAAAUUAAAAAAUAAAGAUGAUGUUUUACCUUUUGAAUUGAAAAGAUUACAAGAGUUCUUAGAGUAAAAUUAUAAAUAUAAAAUAGAGAUAAUCUUUUUAUUUUAAUUAUUUUUGUUAAUAAUAUUGGAGCUAUUAAAAUCUUAAGAAAAAAGACUCAAAUUGGAUUGAAUUACAUAUUUAGAGCUUUAUCUAUCAGAUUUUAUCUUUUGACAAAGAAUUUAUUCAUUUAUUAAUAGAUUCAAUUGUAAUUGAAUAUUUGUUUUGCAUUAAAUUAAUACAAAUAAUCUUAACAGGCAACUUAAUUAAUAACAGUUCCAAUGUAAAUUUUAGAAACAUUACAUUAAGAUAGCAAAACUCAUGAUAUUUUAAUAAAGAAUAGAAUUAUUUUAUCAUUAAUUGAAUAUUCAAUUAAUAAUAACUAAAAGGCUUUGAUUCCAUAUCCAAAGGAAAUUCCACCUUAUUAGAUUCAUUAUCAUUUACUUUUGGGAUAUAAAUUCUUUGCCUAAGUUUUGAACUUUUAGGAAAGUAUAGUAAUGAUUUUAUACAAUUUUAAUUAGAACUAAAUCAUAAUAAGAAUGUUUAUAAUACUAUAAUAGAAUGUAUGAUGAAUACAAACGAAUGAAUCCUAAAGUAUUUGAAUAAUUGAAAUAAAAAUAAGAAUUAUUAACAUAAUUAUAAUAGAAGACUUUAAGAUAGAAUAUACAAUGGAAAUAGGAAAAAUAAAAAACAGAAACAAUAUACGAAGAAUAGAAAUAAAUAAAUAGUGAAAGAGAGUAAGAAGAGAAUUCAAUUGUAUUUUAUUAAUCUUGA